GGCUGCAGCAGCCACGAUGACCUUGCUUCAGCUUGUACGUGAACACUGGGUUCAUAUACUUGUUCCUAUGGGAUUUGUCUUUGGAUGCUAUCUAGACAGGAGGGAUGACGAAAAGCUAACUGCCUUCCGGAAUAAGAGUAUGCUAUAUCAGAGGGAACUGAGGCCCAAUGAAGAAGUUACUUGGAAGUAAAGCCUGUGGCUAAAUCUCAGAAUGUUCACAUUUUAAAAGUCAUUGGAGAAAUAAAACAUUUAUUAUUU